GCCAUGGAUUUUCCCCAGCACAGCCAUCACGUCUUGGAGCAGCUGAACCAGCAGCGGCAGUUGGGGCUUCUCUGUGACUGCACCUUUGUGGUAGACGGCGUUGACUUUAAGGCUCACAAAGCAGUGCUGGCAGCCUGCAGUGAGUACUUCAAGAUGCUCUUUGUGGACCAGAAGGACGUGGUGCACCUGGACAUCAGUAACGCGGCAGGCCUGGGGCAGGUGUUGGAGUUUAUGUACACAGCCAAGCUGAACCUGAGCCCUGAGAAUGUGGAUGAUGUGCUGGCUGUGGCCAGCUUCCUCCAGGUGCAGGACAUCAUCACAGCCUGCCAUGCCCUCAAGUCACUUGCUGAGCCGGCCACCGGGCCUGGUGGAAAUGUGGAGGCUUCGGCCACAGAGGGAGGGGACAAGAGAGCCAAAGAGGACAAGGCUACCGCCACUAUGCUGAGCAGGCUGGACCAAGUGGGAAGCAGUCCACCCACAGGCCCAGGCAGGGAGCUCAAAGAGGAGCGAGGUGGCCAGGCUGAGAAUGCAGCCCCUGGUGCAGAGCAGACGGAAAAGGCUGAUGCCCCCCGGGAGCCGAUGCCUGUGGAACUCAAGCCAGACCCCACGAGUGGCAUGGCUGCUGCAGAAGCAGAGGCUGCGUUGUCGGAGAGCUUGGAGCAAGAAAUGGAGGUGGAGCCGGCCAGGAAAGGAGAAGAGGGGCUGGAGGAGGAGGAGGACGCAGGGCCUACCGAGGUCAAGGAGGAGGGGCUGCAGCUGGAGAACGGCGAGCCCGAGGAGACGGAGGAGUCGGUGGGCACCGAUUCUGGUCAGGAGCUCGGUGCAGAGACCCGGAGCCUGCGCUCUGGCACCUAUGGUGACCGCACGGAGUCUAAGGCCUAUGGCUCCGUCAUCCACAAGUGCGAGGACUGUGGCAAAGAGUUCACACAUACCGGGAACUUCAAGCGCCACAUCCGCAUCCACACCGGCGAGAAGCCCUUCUCGUGCCGGGAGUGCAGCAAGGCCUUUUCGGACCCGGCCGCCUGCAAGGCCCACGAGAAGACGCACAGCCCGCUGAAGCCCUACGGCUGCGAGGAGUGCGGCAAGAGCUACCGGCUCAUCAGCCUGCUGAACCUGCACAAGAAGCGGCACUCGGGCGAGGCGCGCUACCGCUGCGAGGACUGCGGCAAGCUCUUCACCACCUCGGGCAACCUCAAGCGCCACCAGCUGGUGCACAGCGGCGAGAAGCCCUACCAGUGCGACUACUGCAGCCGCUCCUUCUCCGACCCCACCUCCAAGAUGCGCCACCUGGAGACCCAUGACACCGACAAGGAGCACAAGUGCCCGCACUGCGACAAGAAGUUCAACCAGGUGGGGAAUCUGAAAGCCCACCUGAAGAUCCACAUCGCAGACGGGCCCCUCAAGUGCCGGGAGUGCGGGAAGCAGUUCACCACCUCAGGUAGGGCCAGGGCUGUCCUGGCUGCCCUCAUACCACUGCUCCCCGGCCACCUGGUGGCGCCCCAAACCAGGCCUGCCCUUGGUCUCGCCACAGGGAACCUCAAGCGGCACCUGCGGAUCCACAGUGGAGAGAAGCCCUACGUGUGCAUCCACUGCCAGCGGCAGUUUGCGGACCCCGGCGCUCUGCAGCGGCACGUCCGCAUCCACACGGGUGAGAAGCCAUGCCAGUGUGUGAUGUGCGGCAAGGCCUUCACCCAAGCCAGCUCCCUCAUCGCCCACGUGCGCCAGCACACCGGGGAGAAGCCUUACGUCUGCGAACGCUGCGGCAAGAGGUUUGUCCAGUCCAGCCAGCUGGCCAAUCAUAUCCGCCACCACGACAACAUCCGCCCACACAAGUGCAGUGUGUGCAGCAAGGCCUUUGUGAACGUGGGGGACCUGUCCAAGCACAUCAUCAUCCACACGGGAGAAAAGCCUUACUUGUGUGACAAGUGUGGUCGUGGCUUCAACCGGGUAGACAACCUGCGCUCUCACGUGAAGACUGUACACCAGGGCAAGGCAGGCAUCAAGAUCCUGGAGCCAGAGGAGGGUGGUGAGGUCAGCGUGGUAACUGUGGACGACAUGGUCACACUGGCCACUGAGGCAUUGGCAGCCACAGCUGUCACUCAGCUCACAGUGGUGCCAGUAGGGGCCGCAGUGACAGCUGAUGAAACGGAAGUACUUAAAGCUGAGAUCAGCAAAGCUGUGAAGCAAGUGCAGGAAGAAGACCCCAACACUCACAUUCUCUACGCCUGUGACUCCUGUGGGGACAAGUUCCUGGACGCCAAUAGCCUGGCUCAGCACGUGCGGAUCCACACGGCCCAGGCCCUGGUCAUGUUCCAGACGGAUGCGGACUUCUAUCAGCAGUAUGGGCCAGGCAGCACGUGGCCAGCUGGGCAGGUGCUGCAGGCUGGGGAGCUGGUUUUCCGCCCCCGGGAUGGGGCUGAGGGCCAGCCUGCACUGGCAGAGACCCCCCCCACAGCUCCUGAAUGUCCACCACCUGCUGAGUGAGCAGACAGCUCUUCCCUGGACUGUUUAUUUAAAGAUGGGUGGCAUCCUGGAACUGAGAAGGGUGGCCCCAUUCCCUAGAGAGAAUAAAUUUGAUUAUUUUCUAA